CGACGCACUUACGCACGACCGUUGGGCGGGGUGCACGCCUGGAACACGGAGCGUGGUUGCCAGGGCAACUGUGGGCAGGGCGAGCGCCCGGCGCGCCGCGUGGUUGCCGAGGCGACCGUUUGGCUUUGCCUGGGCCCGGACGCAGCUGAAACGCCGAGGUUGCUGCGACCGCGACUGGGUGGCGAUGGCUCACGAAGGCUCGAGGCAGGAAAGGCAAAUGCGAGGAGACCGUGGGGUGACCCGAUCCAAGGCAGAAAAGGCACGGCCACCCACAGUACCAGUGCCACAGGUGGAUAUCGUGCCUGGGAGACUCAAUGAGUCAGAGUGGAUGGCACUUAUGGCUCUAGAGGAGGGAGAGGACGUGGUAGGUGACAUCUUGGCUGAUCUUCUGGCUCGGGUCAUGGACUCUGCCUUUCAAGUCUACCUGGCUCAACAGUGCAUUCCAUUCACCAUCAGCCAGGCCCGGGAAGCCAUGCUGCAGAUCACCGAAUGGCGCUUCCUAGCUCAUGAUGAGGGAGAAUCUGCAGUGGCUGAGGACCCCACGUGGGGUGAGGAUGAGGAGCCAUGGCCCUGCACUACAGACUCUUGGGCUCAAGGCUCAGUGCCAGUGCUGCGUGCACCCACCUUGGAGGGCCCACAGGAGAACUUACAAGGCGAAGUCAACUCCUCAGGAGUCUCUCAGGACUCCUCUGCCCUUCGUGCCUUUGUCUCCUCAACAUCUCACUACCCUGGUGCAUUUCUCCAGGGCCCUGGGAACCUGGACCAGAUGCCUUUAGUAAGAUCACGGAUGAGUAGAGGCUCCCAGGAGCAGAGGGAGUCUUGGGAGCCUUCCACGGAGGUGAGAAUCAUCCCUGAUACCCCUCCCAGGCCAGACGCGUUUCAGGAGGCAGGGCCCAGAGGUCUUUUAGAGGAACCUGACCCCCUGGUCACUAAGUCCUUGAACAAGAGCUUCCAAGAGAACUUCCAGUCGGUUCAGAUGGCAUCUGCUGACAGUCCCGGUCCUCUGGAGCUGUCGCUACCAGUAGACAGCCCCCAGGCCUCAGCCAAGAGGGUACAGCCGUUCGACUCCCAGGUGUUGGAGAAUCUCUGCUAUUGCCUGCCCCAGGUGGACGCGGCUGGGGACCAGCGGGAGCUCAAGACAGAGGGAGUACCCUGGGCAGCCUUAGGCGUGCCGGUCCCCGCUGUGGGCAGCCCCACUGGGCUCAGCCCCUCAGCAUCCUUCCAGCCACAGCCGUCCUUGCGCCUGGAUGUGCGGCUGAGCGUGCCUCCCUACAGGGUCCGUAAGGCGGCCACGCGCCUGGACCCUGCGCGGUUCCCGCGCCAGUGGGUGCGCCCUCUGGCCGAGGUUCUGGUCCCAGACUCCGAGGCGCGCACCUUAGAAGCCUGCCGUGGGCGUCGGCUUAGUAGUGAGAAGACCCAGACGCCUGCAGAACCCCAAUCCCCAAUCCCUGGCGUCAGUGUCUUCCAGGCAGCAUUCUUUCCUUUCCGGUCUGGUGUUCCUUUCCGUGCCUUGGGCCCAGGCCCCAGAGUCCAAUCCUCCACUUUAAACUUACAUUUACCUUCGCCAUCCUUCGGGUCAAAAAUACCAUUCCCCAGUCCUGGGCUCCGCUUCCUUACCAAGCGACCGGCGCUCCUUGAUGUGGCUCACAGCCCCAGCCCCAAGCUGUGGCCCAGUGCUAAGUGGCCUACCGGCUGGGAAGGCGAGGCUGAAAUGCUGGGCGACCUGUGGGCUGGCAGGACUCCUGUGUCGGCACAGGGGCGGGAGCCCACAUCUAGGGAGGGCCAGGAUUUUCACAGAUGGCCUCAAACUACAAGCCAGGUCUUGGAAGCCACGUCCCAGGUGCUGUGGAAGCCCAUGUUGCUGCCAGAAGCCAUGAAGCUGGCCCCUGGUGUAAGCAUGUGGAACCCAGCCACCCAGGUGCUGCUCAGUUCUGCUGUGCCCCGGCAGGAGGACAAAGAAGGUGGCACCUUUCCUCCCAUUGACCAGCACCCCAUCCACACGGCUCCCCUGAAGCCCCAGACGAGCAUGUCACAACUAAUGAAGAACUCAGUCCCCAAAGCAUGGUCACUCCCUUGCAAGCCCCUACCCAAUUCUGAUACCUGAGCCUCUGACAGUGGGAACCGGCCCUUCCCUUUGUUUGCCUGCCAGAAAUAAACACCUGAGUUGCCUUCAUAAUUGGUCUGAUGUCUCUGUUAUUUUCUUCCAAGAGUGUCUACUCUCUCACUGAACCCCAAGGGCAGCAGUUGUCCUGCAGGCAUAUAGGAAGAUAGAAUACUGCGUCCAGGGAAUAGCCUCAUCACCACCCUUAGGAGACCCUGCAUUAGGUCCAAGGCUGCUCCCCUACUGAGGCAUUUUGGGAAAGACCCCCUCCCCCAAGGAGUAGACAUCAGCACUGCAAGUGGGUUUGGCUCUGUAGGGAAAACUUUCAGUAGAGGAGGAAGGGCUGGGCCUGCUUAAGCACAGAGUGAUUCAAGACAUGAGAGACUUGAUUUCCUGCUGAAGCUUGGUCAAUUCACCUUAGACUGAAAGUCUAAAUUUUACUUUUGGAGAUAGAUUUGAGCCUAUGCAGGCCUCAAGGGAGUCCCAACCUUCUUGAUCACUGCCUUGUGGCCAGGACAAUCAGGUGCCUAGGGCACA